AGCUCCAGCAGGAGGAACAUUACUGACCUUUACUGACCACAUUACAGACUGGACACUGCAGACUGAGUCUGGGGGACUUUAUGUGGAUUUCCUGUUGACUCUACAGCGCCUCCUGCGGUUAAAGAUGUCGGUGGACGGCUCCUUCCCGCUGGUGCGGUCUCUGUGGAAAUCUCCGGCUGUCCUGCGGCGGCGGUUUCGGAGGGACCGCGCUCUGUCCCACGGUGACCCGCUCUUCAGGCUGCACUACCUCGGCACGGAGAAGAUCUACAGUCUGGACAUGGAGCAGGCGGAGGACGCCAUCCACCGUCUGCUGGAGAAAAGCCCGGCCGUAUCGUCUCUGAGGAAGGACCAUGCUCUGGUGGUACGACGGCGCUACCUGGAGGUGAAGGAGGUCAGCACGGGCCGACAGCUGACCAAAACCUUCCUGAGGGACAUCGCCUGCUGCACCACAUACGCCGCCCGGCCCAACGUCUUCCUCUACAUCUGCAGGCAGCCUGGACAAGUGCAGCUGCAGUGCCGUGUGUUUUGGUGCCGCCGGCCGGAGCGUGCCCGGGACAUCACCGCCUGCCUGGCGUUGUCCUUCCAGCAGGCACUAAAGGACUGGCAGGAGGGAGAGGGCAGGGCAAAGGACAGCCAGCCAAUCAGAGAGCAGGAAGAGAAAAGCCCCGCCCACCCAGCAGACUCAGGGAGAGGUGACUGGAGGAGAAGCAGUGUGUCCCACAUUCCACUCAGAGAGAUGAUGAGGAGAACCAGCAUCAGCGACUAAACACCAACAACCAAACCAGAUCAAACCGGCUGUUGACGGUGGGGGGGCGGGGGGGCAGCGACUCCAACCUUCCCCUGGACGGGACCAGAAGGGCUGUUAUUUCAGAACCCUCAAUCAGAGAUGGUGACUCUACAGCCUUUAGCAGACGCUCUUCUCCAGAGAGACGCUCUUAAGUUCCCAGUGAUCUGCAGGAAAAUGUUUAAACUCGUGUAAAUAGACCAGCUAUAGAGACGGGACCCAGCACUCACCUUUGGGCCUGUUAAAACCCAAAGUGCCAUCAAAACCAUCUCGCUGGUUUUUGGUAUUGCUAAACAAGCCGUGUCCAGUCCUGGUCCUGGAGAUCCUCCUGUAGUGUUUAGCUCAGGGUUCCAAUAUUGGGUUUGGGGGUCCUGUGGUGGGCAGAGGGUUUGGGGGUCCUGUGGUGAGCAGAGGGUUUGGGAGUCCUGUGGUGGGCAGAGAGUUUGGGGGUCCUGUGGUGAGUAGAGUGUUUGGAAGUGCUGUGGUGGACAGAGGGUUUGGGGGUCCUGUGGUGGGCAGAGGGUUUGGGGGUCCUGUGGUGAGCAGAGUGUUUGGAAGUCCUGUGGUGGACAGAGGGUUUGGGGGUCCCGUGGUGAGCAGAGGGUUUGGGGGUCCUGUGGUGGACAUUCUGGCUAUAAGGUGACACAUAUUGUUGCAGGUAAUUUUAGAUCAUUUCUGUUGGUUGGUUCGUCAUAAAAUGUUUUUAAUUAUGCAAAAAAGUAAAAAAUGAUACAAAUGGAGAUAGACGAUUUUGUCAGGACACCAACAACAUACUAAUGAAGUCAGUAAAUUAAAAUGUAUUAUUUAGGCCAUAAAAAAAAAUAGGUUUAGUCGUUUAGCUACACCCCUAACCUACCACACCUGAUGCAGGUAAUAAAGGUCUUCAGGGGAUCUGAAUAUUAGAUCUCCAGGACCAGGACUGGACGCUCCUGCUUUUCAGUGCUGUAAAAAUAGGCAUGUGUUAUUCCACCUAUGGCCAGCAGGGCGUGCUUAAUAGACUGAAACUCUGCCACUGACCGUAGAGAACGACCUCAAGAAGAACCCACCACAACCUCAACAAGAACCCAACACGAACUCAAGAAGAACCCAACAUGAACAAACUCAACAAGAACACUAACUCAACACGAACCCGAGACAAACUCAACAAGAUCCCAACAAGAACCCAACAAAAACUUGACAGGAGCUCACCAAGAAUCCUACAUGAACCCAACACAAACCCCAUCCCCAACCCAACUCAACCCCUACUCAACGCCAACUCCACACCAACCCAACGCAAACCCAGCAUGAACUCAACAAGAAUCGAACACAAACCAACACCAACUCAACACGAACCCAAUGCUGAGACAGCGUGCGGGCUGUGAUGCUGUUUGGCGGCGGUUUGGUGGGAGGUGCUGGGCCGGCGUGUGGGCUGGGAUGGUGUUUAGUGGCGAUUUGGUGGAAGUGCUGAGUGUUUCCUGUGUGUAAGUCAGUCAGUGGUGACACCGUGUUGUGUAAAGUGAGGCAGUUGCAUCAUCCGCGCCGCACUGCAGUUCCACUGUCACGUUCAGUUCACUGCAGUUUUCUGAGGAGCUGUUUAUCAGCAUGUUUAUCUCUCUGUACUGAUCAAAAAGUUUCUGCUGUAAAAGAAAAAAAUGCAGCAUAAAUUUAAUCACAGCCAUUAAAAAACUCGUUUUAUUUUUAUUAAUAUUAUUUAUUUUUACACUAUUUGAAAACUCAUCUGGAUGGACCAACAGAAACAGCCCAGGAUUAACAUCCAUUAAGGAGGAUUGUUUGUUUCUUCUUCUGUAAAGUUACAGGUUCAGGUUUCCUACAGAUGACAGUCUGUGUUUGUGGCCUUAUCUGGAUGAUGACAGUGGCUAAUCUGUUCCCAUCACUAUAAACCCGGCUUAGCGUAAUCGCUAACAGGAAGUCUGGAGAUUUCUCACUUCCUCUUUCUCAGCGCUGUGAACCUGCAAAAUGCUAAAAUGCUUUUCUAACAGAUUUUUUAUUUCAUGUUCAUUUUAAAUGCACUGCUCAGUAUUAAACUACGUUGUAGCAUCAGCACCAAUAAAUUUACAUUAACAUUUACAUUGAUUCAUUCAACAGAGACACUCAUACAGCACGAUUACAGUGAGUCCAUCAGUCUGUUUCUUUGUUCAUCUUCUGUUUAUUUGUUUAUUUUCUACAAUCGCAGCAGAAUUUGUUGCAUGUGUUUUUUUCAGAAAGUGUUCUGUGUGUAAUAUUGUGUUUACUUUUGCAUGUUAUGUGAAUAAAUGAAUAAAAUGAACAUAAACAGUGUUUAUUGUA